GACAGGGGGAAGGGAGGGGAGGGGUGAGGAGGGGGGAGACAGGAGGAGGAGGAGGUGGAGGAGGGAGGUGACUCGCGAGCGGCUGCGCUUCAGACUCAGCGAGAGGAUCAUGGCGGAUGGCCCCAGGUGUAAGCGCAGAAAACAGGCGAACCCGAAGAGGAGCAGCGUGACAGAAUUCAACAAUGGCUUGGAGGCCAGUUCAGACUCGGAUGAUGAGGACAAGCUACACAUCGUGGAAGAUGAAAGUCUGCAGGACCCAGAGGUCGCCAACGCUGAGGGGACCACGCUGCAGGACGCCAGCCAUGACGCCAUCACAACAGUAUUACCCCUUAACGGCGCCCUGAACGGAGUGAAGGAGGAGUGUGUGUCAGAAGAAGAAGAGGAAGAAGAAGAAGAGGAAGAGGAAGACGGGGUGGUGAAGGACACUCUGGUGGAGGAGAUUCUCCAGCAGGGGGACACAGCCGUCAUCUACCCUGAAGCCCCCGAGGACGAGCAGAGUCCAGCGGAGACGGGAGGCGCUGAUGAAAACGGCACACCGGACACCUUCCCCCAGCUCCACAUUUGCCCGUACUGCUCCCGCGGCUACAAGCGCAACGCCUCGCUGAAGGAGCACAUCAAGUACCGCCAUGAGACCAGCGACGACAACUACAGCUGCUCGCACUGCAGCUACACCUUCACCUAUCGCUCGCAGCUGGAGAGGCACAUGACCCACCACAGGAACAACAGGGAGCCGGCAACAGGAGGAGCACCUGGUUCCCGCAAAUUCAAGUGUAACGAAUGUGCCAAGGCCUUCAAGUACAAACACCACCUGAAGGAGCACCUGCGCAUUCACAGCGGUGAGAAACCGUACGAAUGCUCAAACUGUAAGAAGCGCUUCUCCCACUCAGGCUCCUACAGCUCCCACAUCAGCAGUAAGAAGUGUGUGGGUGCUGCCCCUCCCAAUGGUGUCCCUAGAACUCUGAUCAAAUCCCCUCCGCUCCCCAACCAGACCAUUCCGGUCACCAUCGCCCCGGCCCGCAUGAUCCUUAAAGAGAAGACUGACAGCAAACCGCUCCAGGAGCAGCUCCCCGUCACUCAGAUCAAAUCUGAACCUGUGGAAUUUGCAUGCAAGCCUGUGAUGGCAGCAACGACGACGACGUCCACUGGUACGAACGGCGUGGUGAACGGCGGGACGACGCAGCCGACCGUCGUGCAAGCUGCGACCCUGCCUCAGGGUGUGGCCAUGGUCGUACCCACGGUGGGUCUGAUGUCGCCCAUCAGCAUCAAUCUGAACGACCUGCAGAACGUGCUGAAGGUGGCGAUGGACGGGAACGUGCUCAGGCAGGUGCUAGGGACAGCUAACGGCGUGGUGGCGCAGGGGAAGCAGGGAAUUGUGGUCCAGCAGCCUCAGCAGCAGAUCAUCAGCCUGCCCGCCUUCGUGGAUCACGACGGCACCACAAAGAUCAUCAUCAACUACAGCAUCAACCCAGCAGCCGCCACCCAGCCUGCAACGCUUAUUGCCAAAAACAAUCUCCCCUCCCUUCCUGUCGCUGUCGCCACGCCUGCAGCCCCCACCCCCAGCAAAACAGACAAAUCCCCAACCCCAGAGGUGACCGACCUCUCCAUCGUAAAGAUGGAGCCGGAGUCGGUGCCCAUCAUGGAGGCUGAAGCGGCCACACAAACACAGCCGAAAAGCGUCAAGUCUUCAGUCCAACAAACAGCUCAGAUGCCAAAAGUGAACAGCUCCAGCUCGUGUUUACUGUGUGACGACUGUCCCGACCACCUGGAGGCGCUGCACCUCCUGCAGCACCGCAAAGCAGCCAACGGGGAGGCCGUCGACUCGGCCGCUUUGGAUCCCUCGUUUGCCGACCUGCUGAGUGAGGCGGGGGUGACGCUGGAGGAGCAGCCUGUAGACGAUCCCCUCUCGCUCCUGAAAGCCCACUAUGCCUCCAAAGCCAACCCCAGCGAAGAGGAGCUGGUGAAGGUCUCAGAGGCUGUCAGCAUCCCCAUCCAUGUGGUCAGGAAGUGGUUUGCCAAGAUGAACUCUGGGAAAAAUGUGCAUAAACACUGCAAUAAGGCUACAGCAGUGUUCUCGAAAGCUAGAAUCACAAAGUCCCGUUCCUCUGAGCCAGAGGAAGGCGACUCCCUUAAUAUGUCCGAUGAAGCCUCAGCAGAGUCCAGCAGCACUUCUCUGUCAGACUGUUCACCACUAAACCUCAACGGAGACCUCGUCAUCGUUAAGACGGAGCCCGAAGACCCAGAGGCCGUGGACUCCCAGGCCGAGCCGCUGGAUCUGUCUGUUCCCAAACAUAUCGCAGCGACAUCAGAAACUAAAAUGCCGCCCGCCAAGCAGCAGGAGCAGCCCCUGAACCUGACCUGUCUGCGGAAGGAGCAGUUCGAGGGUCGAACUAUCUACGUCACCACGCCUCAGACUGGGAGACCUGUCAACAUCGUGUCUGCGGCACAGCUCCCCACGCUGGUGGCCAUUGCCGGUCAGGGCACCAUGGGCUGCCUCAGCGCCAUCAACACCACGACCAAGCGCACCAUCCUCAUCCCCCAGCUCACCUACACCUACGCCACUACAGCCAGCAAUGCCACUGGAGCGAAGACGGUCGUGCUCAAUGGACACAAGAAGGAGAAGAAGCUGGACAUCAGCUCUGACUGCGGCGCCCUGGCGGACGACAGCACGGACCCAGACUCGGCUGUUCAGGCCAAGAGGCCUCGGAUAGGGAAGGGCGUCUACGCCUGCGACCUGUGCCACAAAGUCUUCCACAAGACCAGCUCCCUGAUCAGGCACAAAUAUGAGCACACAGGAAAACGUCCUCACGAGUGUCCGGUCUGCAACAAGGCCUUCAAACACAAGCACCACCUGAUCGAACACACCAGGCUGCACUCCGGGGAGAAACCCUACCAGUGUGACAAGUGCGGAAAGCGUUUCUCUCACUCCGGCUCGUACUCCCAGCACAUGAACCACCGCUACUCCUACUGCAAGAAGGACGGCCUGAGACCUGACCAGGAUCCACACGGGGUCCGGGUGGAGAUCAUCAGACCCGGGGAAGGACUGCAGUCGGACAGCCGGACGACCACCCCGCCCUCUCAGCCAGACUCAGACGAGAGAGAGAGCGAGGAAGAGGACGACGACGAGGCCAUGUGCAUGGACGACAUCCGGGUCAUUCAGGUCGACGACGGCGAGUGUGAGAUCUACGAGGGGAACUUUGAGGACGACGACGACGACGAGGAGGACGAGGAUGAUGAAGACAUGGAUGAAGAGGAACAAAGAAGACGGGCGGAAAUGGAGUUGACUUAUGAUGUUGUUGAGGUGGAGCUACAGGAAGAUCACAUGAUGGUGGAGGACACGGAGGGAACAGGUGGAGGAAAGGAGGCGAGUGUGAAUAAAGACAAAAGUGCAGACUGUGUAGCAGAAACUGAUAAAGGUGUCAAAGAGGCUGGCACGGAAAGAGACACCACAAAGAUCAACAAAUCUGUGGAGGAGAAGAAGACAGAUGUAAAAGCUACAGAGGAAGACACAUCGGUCGAGAAAGAGAAGAAAAACGUCCAACCUAUGGAGGAAGAGACGACCAACACCACUGAAUCUAUGGAGGAAGAGACAUUAAACCUCUCCAAACCUAAGGAGGAAGAGACAACAAAUGUCAAACCUAUGGAGGAAGAGGUGACAAAGAUCCCCAAGUCCAUAGAGGAAGAGAAGAAAAACAUCAAAGCUACGGAGGAAGAGACGUCCAGCACCACUGAAUCUAUGGAAGAAGAGUCGACAAACCUUGUAAAACCUACAGUAGAAGAGACGCCAAACGUCAAACCUACAGAGGAAGGCAAGACAAAGAUCCCCGAAUCCGUAGACGAAGAGAAGAAAAAGAUUGAAUUGACAGAGGAAGAGACAACGAAGAUCGCUGAAUCUGUAGAGGAAAAGAAGAACAACAUCGAAACUACAGAGGAAGAGAUGGCCAGCACCACUGAAUCUAUGGAGGAAGAGACGAUAAACCUCGCCAAACCUGCGGAGGAAGACACGACAAACGUCAAAACUUCUGAGGGAGAGACAAUAAAGAUCGCCAAAUCUGUAGAGGAAGAGAAGAAAAACCUCAAAGCUACGAAGGAAGAAACAACAAAUGUCAAACCUACAGAGGACGAGAUGACAAGCAACACUGAAUCUGCAGAGGAAGAGGCGACAAACCUUGCCAAACCUACGGAGGAAGAGGUGACGAACAUCAGCGAACUUACGCAGGAAGAUGCGAAAAGUAUUGUCAAGCCUACGGAAGAGGAGAUGAAAGACAUUACUGCACCUUCAGAGGAAGAGACGACAAACAUCACCGAACCUUCAGAGGAAGAGAGGAUGGAUGUCACUGAAGCCAUGGAGGAAGAGACGGCAGACAUCGCAGAUCCUACAGGUGAAGUGACGACAGACAUCGCAGAUCCUACAGAUGAAGUGACGACAGACAUCGCAGAUCCUACAGAUGAAGUGACGACAGACGUCAGCGAUCCUACAGAUGAAGUGACGACAGGCGUCAGCGAUCCUACACAUGAAGUGACGACAGACGUCAGCGAUCCUACAGACGAAGUGACGCCAAACGCCAAAUAACAGUUCCGAUCUGAAACUCGACGACCUCGAGUUCACUAAGACAAAACCGCAGAGAAGUCCUAAAUGUGCGGCGGUUGCCUGAAUCUAUCGGUCCACUACUGUGUACAAACUCCAGGUGUGCCUGAACUUGAAAACAGAAAAAAAACAGACUUUUUUUUUCUUGUGGAAAUGAAAAUAUCAGUGUUAAAAAGUGUUUAUAGAAGUCCAGAUUUUAAAGCUGAACUCACCCUUCAACUUGUUAGACUUGUUACUGAGACAUCCCAGGUUGUUUUUAUUGUUUGUUUGUUUUCAUUUGGUCAGUGUUACUAAUCUUGUUCUCCUUUGAAAACAUUUUAACCUGUAAAGAUGAGAAAGAUUUCUAUACCUUUUUAUUGCCAAUGAAGUUUCCUAAAUCAGUAUUUUAUUGAGUUCUACGAACAAAAACCUCUGCACUACAGUAUUCCUGGUUUACCUACGGAUACAUGCCUCAUGCAUCGUAUGCCCUUCAGUGUUAUAAACGUACACUAGCUAGCGAGAUGUUGUCCGUGUUAGUGUUAGCUAGCUAGCAUUACCUUUGUUUUCAGUUUGACUGUUAGCCUUAAAGAAAACAAAGGAUUCUUGGGGAGGGUUGUGGGCGGGACGGGGAGUCGGGGGCGUGGCUUCUGAACGCCAUAACCAAAUUUGUCCAAUCAGGGAAGGUAGAGUCACAACCUCAAAGCCAGCAUCAAGGCGCCUGUGUUUUGAAUCCCGGUGUAGCCUGAGCGAGUGGAGUCCCCCCCCCCCCCAGGUGAAGCAGACUCCACCUCGCCGGGUUCAGCUGUGUCGCAAAACACACGCACCCAUUCUUACCGAGCUUCUCGUUACUUUGGUUGACUUAUGUUCUCAGUGUUUCAGUGUUAUUAGCUUAUCUAUCUAUAUAUAUGAAGUCAUACUGUACGUGAAGGGGCGGGGCUGUCUCCCGCUCCACCCCGAUGCCUCCAGCCUUAUGCAAGACCUGUGUGCUGUUAAAAGUGCCAUUGAACAGUGUUAUUAUUUCUUCUUCUCACAUGUAGCCAGUAUUAUGUCCCUCUGUUACUUAAAGAGACCCACAUUGACUGAUGUUUGUCGACUUGCACAGAACAGCUGAUUUAUGCCACAAUCACUGAAGGAAGGAGACUUACUGUGAAAUCAGGGUUUAGUUGAUUGAUUACGGCGCCCCCAUGUGGACAAAGUGAUACCUCCUGCAUCCUCCUGUACAUAUGUAAGUAGUGUUUUUUGACAUCAAGUGUUAUCAUGCCGUCUUUUUAUUAGUGAAAUGUAUAUCUGUGAAUAUCUGCAGUAAAAAAGAUUUUAAAAGUUCAUCAGUGUGCUGUGAGUCUCCUCGUCUGACACCUUCCCUCCUCACGAUGGUUACAGACUCUAAAAAUGACUGACUUGUUUGCUUUUGUAGAUCCAAAGGAAGCCUUUAUUUCAGUCUAAAAAUCCUCACAGGAGUUUUAAAGGAAGACAGCCCUCAUUUUAAAAACUAUGAAACAAUAAAGAAGAAGCUAAAACUGAUGAAAUGAAAUGGUUAUCAAUAAUCGUCCAUCCUCUCGGCUUUAAAGCUCCAGUGAGGAGUUUUUGUCCGGCUAUGAAACGGCGUCAAAGUCAACAAGGAUGCUUUUUUAUGACUUACAAAAGCAAACAAGACUAUCCGUCUCAAGACGGACGAUUUCCAUGCUGUGAUUUUUAAUGUUCAUAACCGCUGUGAGGGGGGUAGGUGUCAGACCAGACUUUAAAAAACACGCUGAAGCUAGCUUUUUUUUUACUUUUUCUUCAGAGUGAGUGAUUCGUUCACAUUUGAAAGAAUGCAACAGAAGAUUCUCUCGUCGGGAAACAUUACUUGCACAUGUAGAGGACAAAAUCAGCAAAGACGGUCACAAGGGGGCGCCAAAAUCAACUCAAAGCGAAAGUUCCUCACAGGAGCUUUAAUGACUGUACACAAACUUCCACUCUGUCCUUAUGAUGACACAUGUAUUCGACUUGUAUGAUCUUAUAAAGUCUGAAAAUUAGUUCUUCAACCAUUCAUCUGUAGGUAUGGAGUCCGGCACAGUUGCAGUUCCUCAUCAGCGUUCAGAAGUUUCUGCUUUUGAGCCACAGUUUGAAAGAUUUGAAGUGAAAAAUUAGAGUUUACCUGUGGAUAUGAAAUGCCUUUUAAACUUGAAAUAAUCAGCGUCUUACAUGUGUUUAAAAAUGGAUUUAAAGAUGUUUACAUGACUGCUAAGGAACAGAAAAUGUUCAGAUGAAAUAAUUCAAAGGCAAAUUCAUCCAAUCGGCUCAGAAAGAAAUCCAAAUCUUCAAACGGAGGUCAUUUGAAGGACAUGAGAUGUGGAAGGAUUUCACAGUAACAUUCUGAGGUUGUUCAGACGUCUGCACUCGUUUUCAGAAAGUUUAAAGAGGAUCCUUUGUGGCACGCUGUCCCGCACUUCAGGUAACAAACGCAGGUGAAUGUGGUCUCUGAUGAAGGUGUUUCACUUGGUUUUACUGAGCAGUGUUUUAAUAUUAGUCUGUUUAAAGUUGUUUGUCCUCUGUAUGUUUUUGUUUUUUUUCAACAAUGGCAGUAUUAGAACCCUUUUCACAGAUUAAAAAAAUGUACCUGUUUAGUUUUUAGAAGACUUUUGAUAUUUAUGUGUCUUAUUUUUAUAUUUUCUUUUAUGGUUAUUUAUUACACAUUGUAGUGUACAUUAAUGUAGUUUGAAUUGAUACAAUAAUAUAUUUUAGUAUGAAAAAUAAUCUCAAGACAAACAGAAAAAGCCCAACGUGUGGUUCUGGGAGCUGAAGUUUGUUCAACAAAAAAAUAUAAAAAGAUAAAACAUGUAUUCUGUAAAGCAGACUUCUGUUUGAGCUAGAAAAUAAGACAAAAAAAAAAAGCCAGGAAUGAAUUGAGAAUUAGAAACUGUUACAUGUGCAUCCGCUCUUUGCGUCGUUAUGAAGCUACUGAAUUCUAAAACUCUGUGAUUUUAAAAGCAUGAGUCGUUGCCGUUUUCCUGAAGGAUCUUGUUAUGAAGCCGUUCCUCCUCCCCUUUUUAUUUCAAAGCCAAAUUUAGAUCAUCCCUCCGCCCUGUUUUUCCGUUCUGUGCCAACUCGUUCAUCGUACUGUCGAAGGCUGCAUAUCGAUCGUUCUGUCCUCACCCUUUGUAAAUCCACUGUCUUUUUGUAUUGUUUUUAUUUUAGUUUUGCUCCAUUUUUAUGACUCCCCAUCACAAUAAAAUAUACGAAAGCA